AAGUUGUGCAGGGGUUUGCUUCGUUGCCAUGGAUUUCUAAAACCUAUUGACUGCGUUAGGGUCCUUUCUCUAAACGUCUUUGUAGAGGAAACCCCAUUACUUUUUUACAGGCGGGAACGAUAGCAUCCAAAGGGGAGGCAUAUUAUAGUGUCAUUUGGUCCGACCAAUUGCGCACGUUUUGAUUCAGAAGCUCUCGCGCAUCUAAGAUUUAACUUCUGUUGAACUGCUACAACGAUGAGCAGCCUUUAGGUCCCGCCCCUUUCGGAUGACAUUGGAUUGAACUGAGGAGUUUGAAGAAAGCCACUCUUGUCACUUCCUCCAUGAACUCUGAGAUUGUUGUCAGCCGUGUAGCCAUGAGGCUCCAGAUGAGGCCAGGAUUGGCUUUCCUGCUGGGCAUGGUCAUCUGCAUCAGUGCUUUUCACCUUGCCACUGCCAUUGAUAUCCCAUUGGAAGUUGAACAGCUGCCCACCAUCACAGAGCAGUCUCCGAGCUCUCGCAUCGCCUUCCCCUUCGACGAGAGCUUCUCCAUGACGUGUGAAGCCAAAGGGAACCCCGAGCCUGAAUUUCGAUGGACGAAGAACGGACUGGAAUUUGACCCCUUCCUGGAUCCGAGGCUGAUGAAAGAGGAAGACUCUGGGACAUUUGUGAUUCCCAACAGUGGGAACCUCACAGACUACCAGGGGAUCUAUCGCUGUUACGCCUCCAACAAACUAGGGACUGCCAUAUCGCAGGAGAUUGAGUUCAUUGUGCCCUAUGUUCCAAAGUUUCCUAAAGAGAAGAUUGACCCCCUAGUGGUUGAGGAGGGUCAGCCUUUCGUUCUUGAGUGUAACCCCCCCAGCGGGAUCCCACCCCUACAGAUCUACUGGAUGACUAUCGGUCUACAGCACAUAGAGCAGGAUGACCGGGUGUCCAUGGGCCUAAACGGAGACCUGUUCUUUUCCAAUGCCCUAAUCAAGGACAGCCGCAGGGAUUACUGCUGCUACGCUGCCUUUCCUAAGAUACGGACCAUAGUGCAGAAGACGGCCAUGUCUGUCAUCGUCAAGAGUACCAAGUCUAACAGUGACACAGGUGACAGUCCUGGUCCAGCCAAUUCUAUCCUGGAGCGAAAACCUAGUCUUCUGACACCCUCUAGUGUCAAGACGAAGGUACAGCUGGUCAAAGGCGAGGAGCUUCUGUUGGAGUGUAUUGCAGAGGGGUUUCCUACCCCCAAGGUUGAAUGGGUAAAGAUUGGCCACAAACUUCCUGACAAAGCCACAGUGGAGAAUCAUGGGAAACUGCUGUCUAUACCUGUUGUGGAUGAUGAGGACAGUGGGAAGUACAGGUGCAAGGCCAAGAACACCUACGGAGAGGUUGAUCACUUUUUUGAUGUCACAGUUGAAGAACCUCCUCGCUGGGUGUUUCAGCCAGAGAGUCAACUCAGUAUGAUAGGCUCCGAUGUCGUUAUCAAAUGCUCAGCCUCUGGCAUUCCUCAGCCCACUAUCACAUGGAGGGUGAAUGGACUUCCCCUGGAAGGUGAGCCGAACUACAGUGAAUUUGAUGACAACAUUUUCUUAAAAAAUGCCAAAGAGUUUGACAGUGCUGUUUAUCAGUGUGAAGCCUCCAAUAGACAUGGGACCAUUCUGGCUAACGCUAACAUCAUGAUAAUGAACAUGCCUCCUUUGAUAUUGACUGAGGAGGGACAGGAGUACUCCACUGUGGAAGGGAAAGGUGUGAUUAUGCACUGCAAGGUGUUCAGCUCACCUCCUCCGACUGUAACUUGGGACAAGGAUGAUGCUGCAGUCUCUGUGGAGGGACCACGGUUUACAGUUCAUGAGAAUGGAUCAUUGGAGAUCUAUAAUGUGGAGAAAGAGGACCAGGGCCAGUAUACAUGCUACACUAAAAACACAGAGGGAUCGUCUGCUAUCGAUGCCAUACUGGAUGUGAAAGAUCCCACUAGAAUCGUAGAGACCCCAGAAGACUUGCAGAUCUUAAUAGGAACCACAGCCCAGCUCUCAUGCCUGGCAGAGUAUGACAAGUCCUUUAGAGGCGACUUUGAAAUCCUGUGGGAAAAAGAUGAUACAGAGAUAGCCUCAAACCACACAGAGAAUUCUGGGUACUUUAUAGAAGAUGGAAUACUGCAGAUUAUCAAUGUUAGCCACAAGGACCAGGGCAUGUACACAUGUGUGGCCAGGACACCACUGGACCAAGACUCUGCCUCUGCUCUGCUCAUUGUGCUGGAUGUCCCUGAUGCACCUGAGAACUUGGUGCUGUCUGAACACAAAGAAAGAAGUGUGAAACUGAAGUGGAUCCCGGGGGAAGACCACAACAGCUCAACCACAGAGUUCAUUAUAGAAUAUGAGGAGAACCAGUGGGAGCCAGGGAACUGGAAAGAGCUUCUGAGGGUUCCUGGAAAUCACGGCUUGGCCAUCCUAAAACUUCACGGCCAUGUCGACUAUCGUUUCCGUGUGUCUGGAGUGAACGCCGUAGGGCGGGGACGUCCCAGUGAGCCCACUGAGAGAUACAAAACCCCUCCGGCAGCUCCUGACAAGAACCCUGAAAAUAUCAAAAUUGAAGGUCAUUUGCCCAAUGAAAUGGUUAUCAACUGGGAGCCAUUGUUACCAAUUGAGCACAAUGGCCCUGGUCUGGAGUAUAAGGUGAGCUACAAACGACAGGAUGAGGAGGACUGGCAGGAACACAUGGUGAAGAGACACUCCUAUGUGGUGAUGGACACUCCCACCUUCAUACCCUUCGAGAUCAAGAUUCAGGCCAAGAACCACCAAGGCUGGGGACCAGAGCCCAAAGUUGUGACAGGCUACUCAGGAGAAGACUUCCCCUCGGCAGCCCCUGAUGAUGUAGGUGUGGAGGUGAUGAACAACUCCGUAGUCAAGGUCAGCUGGACACGUGUUCACAAGGACAAGCUGCAUGGACAUCUGGGAGGCUACCGGGUGAACUGGUGGCAUCUGCGCAGUCUGCUGGAAACGAAGAUGAGCCACGGAGAGAAAAACACUUUAACGUUUCCUGGAGACAGGAGCCGUGGCGUUGUAGCCGGGCUCACGCCCUUCUCUGAGUACAGCCUCAUUGUCAUGACCUUCAAUGGGCGGGGCAACGGGCCAGGCAGCCAUCCCGUCAACUUUAAAACCCCGGAGGGAGUUCCAGGGAACAACAGGAUUUUUAAGGUUGCCGAUGCUCAAAAGCACACGGUCUCCCUUGUGUGGUCACCUCCAUUAGAACCCAAUGGGAUUCUCACAGGAUAUCUCCUCGAGUAUCAGCUAAUCAAUGACACGGAGGAGGUGGGGAACCUGCUGGCAGUGGACAUCAACAACCCUGAAAUAAAUAAGUGGGUCCUCCAUGACCUGGAGCCAGUUAGUAGGUACAAGUUGUACCUGCGCUCCUGCACCAGAGUGGGCUGUGGACCUGCCAUCAGCGACGAGUGUACAACCACCCCGGAAGCACUCCCUGCUCUGUUAAAUAUUAGCUCUUCGGUUAGUGACAUCUUAGCAAAUAUCAGCUGGAUUCCUGCGAGUGAACACAAGGAUUCUGAGUUAUAUAUUGCAUAUAUGAACAACCGUAAAGGUAACUGGAAGGUAUCUGAGGCACUUAACACCUCUAAGACUUUCCACAUCAUUGAAGGGCUCGAACCGGGGACUGAGUACACUGUUCGACUUAUGACUAACAACUGGGUUGAUAAUUCUAGUAUAUUUGAAGAUGUUAUCAAGACCAGGGCUAAAGGGUUGGCAAGCAUCCAUGGAGGGAUCUCUACCCAGGGCUGGUUUAUUGGACUGAUGUGUGCUGUCGCUCUUCUCACACUCAUUGUGUUGAUUGCCUGCUUUGUCAACAGAAAUAAAGGAGGGAAGUAUUCCGUAAAGGAGAAAGAAGACCUUCAUCCAGAUGUGGAAUCCCAGGGGAUGAAUGAUGACACAUUCUGUGAAUACAGUGACAAUGAUGAGAAACCGUUGAAGGGCAGCCAGCACUCUCUGAACGGAGAGAUCAAAGCAGGGGACAGUGGGGAUAGCAUGGCAGACUAUGGAGAUGAGGAGGGCCAGUUCAAUGAGGAUGGCUCUUUUAUUGGUGAGUAUGCUGGACGCAAGGAAAAGAGGAUGUCCACUGAGAUCAAGGGGACCUGUCAGACCCCAGCAUGAGGAAAGGAGCCACCAUCCAUCCUUAGGACACCACUUUUAUCAAACUCUCAGUGGGGAAAGGAAAUAUAGGAAAUAAGAGACAUAAUCCAUACCAAGCACAAUUUUGUGUGAAAUGUAAUGUGUCAUUGCCAACUGCACUGCCAUUCUCAUUUUAUAGAGCUAUGUUUUAUCAAGCUGUAACAAAAUGAUAAUUUCCAAAUGUAUAUAUAUAUUGUAUGUGGGUUUUAUAUUACCGCAGUGCAGUGAAGACCUUUUAGGGCGCUUGCGUUUUUUUGGAAAUGCAACUACUGUUUGUAAUUCACUCAAAAGAAGAAAAAGACUACUCCCUGUCCACAUUGUGCUUCAGUCCAAUUGCUCAUUGUCUUAUGAUGUCAGGCCUAUUAUGGUAAAUCCUCUUGUAGCAAACAAAUGUAUGUGAGAAAAUGAAGUUUGAACUUUUCAGUUCAAGUCAAUAUGGUUGACUUUGAUUUUAUAUAUGCCAAUCAUUUAUUCAAUAUGAUUUCAUAUGUAUACAAUAUUUGUUUAUUAACUUAUUCCUUCAUUGGAUUUGACACAUAACAAUACAGCGUCGUAGAUACAGGGACAAAAAAGAACACAUUCUCAUGUAUACAGUAUAUGUAAAGCUAAAAGGCGAUUUCUUUUCCUGUAUAAUGCUGACAGUCAGAGUAUUGCUGUCAGGACCGAUGUGCCUCUCUGGAACCAAGUAAUACUGUUAUAUGUAUCCACUCAUUGGAAAAACAAAUUAAAAUAGAAGUUUAUGUUUUAUCAAUGUAAUUAUGGCAGCCUUGCUCUGUGCAUAUCACCGGACCCAUUCUCAUUCCAGCAGAACAGUACCAUGAUAUGUUUGUUUGUAAACUAUACCUUAACAUUAACACAGAGAUCAACCUGAUUGAACUUUUGUACAAAUACAGCUAUUGCAUGUUUAAGAAUGUUGAUUGGUGUUUUUGAUGUCAUUAAAUUGUUUUACUUUUCGUAAA